UGUUCUGCUGUGAUUGAACGAUGGUUGUAUUAAAAGGAAUACCUUCCAUACUUUCUCCAGAGUUAUUGUAUACAUUGGCGAAAAUGGGUCAUGGCGAUGAGCUGGUUCUCGCCGAUACAAACUUUCCGACUUCUUCAACGUGCAGGUGUGGUCCAAAUGAAAUUAGAGCUGAUGGUGUGGGCAUUCCGGAACUUUUGGAAGCCAUAUUAAAGCUGUUUCCUCUUGACAGCUUCGUUGAUUCUCCGGCAGCGGUCAUGGAGCUGGUGGAGAGUGACAGGCAGAGGGGACUGUCCGUGCCUGUGUGGGAGAAGUACAGGUGCUUGCUGAAGAAUGCCGGAUCAGAUAAGCCUUUAGAAAGGGUGGAGAGGUUUGCAUUUUAUGAACGAGCCAAGAAAUCUUUUGCUGUGGUUGCCACAGGGGAGGCAUCUCUGUACGGUAACCUGAUCAUUAAGAAAGGGGUGAUUCCUCCUGAGGAUCUGUGCUGACCUGCGAAUUGGAGAAUGUGUUUGCACUGCACACACUGUGCCUUGCAGCUGCUGUCUAAAGGGUCGCGUUCACAGCACCGCCUCUCUGCUGAGUCGGACAGUAUUUCUAAAUGAUUUCUAUAAAGCACUGGCUGUUCACUCAGUUUGCUGUCAGUUCCUUGUUUUUUCAUGUUAAAACAGGAGAAGCUUUUGUGGGGAAAUUCUGUACCUGCACAAUAUUAAUUGUAAUUGGUUUACAUACAUCAUGUAUGUUUUAUUUUAAUAAUAAUAUUAAUAAGCAUGGACUUUCCACUUACAUUGAGGCAAAACCCUUGUUUUUUUCAAAAUGGGACAAGCUUUGAUGUGGGACAAUACUGUGGCUGUAUGAUGUACUGUAAUUGUCUAACCUAUAGCAAAUAUGUUUUAUUUGGUCAUAAUAAUCAUAGUAAUGGUGCUGAUGAUGAUGAUAAUGACUCUUCACUGUUGAUAAAAUGUGUCUUUUUCAUACAUUAGUACAGUUAGAAGAGAUAUGUGGCAGAAAUGGAAGCUGUAUUACAGUAUGUCUGAAAUGGUGACUUUGUUGGACUUGAAGGAAAUAACAUGUGGCUCAAACUUUUUAUUGUCCCUGUAAUUAAAUAUACUUUUUUGCCAUUGUUUACAAGCAGUCAUAGUGCGAUUUCUUUAUUCUUAUCAACACAAA